GCAUAAAAGUUGGGGACACUCGGCGUGACCGCGCGGCCCCUUGUCACCCCCUAUCCUUCCCCGUCCCCUCGGUGCGGGCGAAGCGAGAGCCGGCCGGGGGGGCUGCGGGGCCCGGGGGCGGGCGUAGCCCCCUCGGGAAGCGCCCUCGGGCUGCAGGCGCCGGGGGGAGCCCAAGUGAAAGCGCUCGGCGGGAGCCCCUCGGAUGCCCCCCGCCGCCGUGCGUGGCCCCAGGGCUGAUUUCACGGCCCGAAAUGUUCUGUUUUGGGGGAGAAAUAACACAGCCGCCAGCAAGUUCUUCCGACGCCUUUUGCAGCCUCCCCAGCUCGGCUCUGCCGUCGUGCGCUCCCACCUUUCUGACAGCCCCCCAGCUGCUCCCCUGCGCCUCGGGGGCUCGGUGAGGCCUCGGAAGCCCCGGCCGCGGCUCCCCGCCCCGCAGCCCGACCCUCCGGAGCCCCCGGGCCCUGCGGGGCAGCCGGCCGGGGCUGACGAGGCCGAGCGGCAGCGGGCGAACCCCCCCCGGGCCGAGGGAGCCGGAGUCGAAGGGGGGCAGCGGCUCCGCAGCGGCCAGAGCCCGGCCCGUCGGGGCGCCUGUGCGCACCCACCGGCCGUGUGCGGAGUUUUUCGGGUGAGCCCCGUUUCGGAAGCCCGGUGCCCGCCUACCUGUGCGAGCCUCUCCGCAGCCGUGCAGAAGCCGUGGGAAGCGGGCGGCCCCCGCCUCGGCUCGCCCGGGGGGCGCAGAGCAAAGCCGGGGCUUCCUUUGCAGGGCAUUCGUUUCAAACGAAUUUGGGAACGUCGGUGGCGGGUCCGUAAAGCCCCCCUGCGCCAGUCUCCCUCCCCCCCGAGCAGAAUUAACACUCGGCCGCUCAACGCCUUGCCGCUGGCCGAUUCCUGCGGGAUUCAACCCGUGCUUGUUUGGAAACGAUUGCGUCCCGCUCUCCGCGCUUCCCGCUCAGCCGCAGCGGAGGAUGGGGCGCAGCUGGGGCCGCAGCGGACGGCCGCGGGGUGGGAGAGAGGAUCUGCUUCAAAAAUGCUCCUCCGAACAGACACGGCGAGGGAAGCACAGAUCCCGUCUCCCACCCCCGGGAAGCACGGAUCCCCUCUCCCAUCCCCGACCUCUGUGCUUACUCCGGGCGACUUUCGGAAGGGAGAAUCCGGCGCCGUCCCGCUCCCCUCGGCGGCCGGGGCCGUAGCAAAAGACAAAAGAGCUGCAGAGAACCACAGCGGCGAAGGCUGAAUGGGAGCAGCUGUUCGCCCUAGCCGGAAAGGAGAUGUCAAAACCUGUUGCGUGGACGGAGCUCUGAGAAAAUCUCUUCUUAGCUCCCUAAAAUGUGAGUACGGACCCUACACGCAAGCCCCUCCGCAGGCGCUUUCACUUCGGGCGGCGGUGGCCGGGCGGCGUGUGUCGCCGCUUCCCAGAGCGUCUGCAAAUUAGGGACAGCUGGAUCCCAAUGCUCUGUAACUGCUUUUAACUUUGGGGCAAGAAAAUUCUUCCUAUUAGUGCUAGAAGAGGGAGCAGAUACCGGCUGCUGAGCCCCGGCACGGGGCGAGUCAAGUUGCGAGGGAAUCAAACGAUCAGGCGAGGAGCUUUUCUGGCAUGUGCAAAAGAGCUCGUUCACUGCAGUUAUAUUUCAGAGCAAGAAGCAAUCGCCUGGUAACAUUUGCCCCCCGUCCGACGGGAACAUUUUGAGGGGUGUCUCCGUGCAGCCGCAGCCAAAGGCUUUUCUGGGCUGCCCCAAACUUGCUCCCGGCCCCGCUGUGCCCGGCGCAGGAGCCCCGGGUUCAUCCCGGUGCCGGCCAGGGAAGCGGUGUGACUGACCCCAGGACACCCUCAGCAGAGGUCUGGCCCCUCCGGGAAGUCGUUGCCGAGCACCAGGCAGCGUGCGGGACCGGCAGUGUCAGCGCAAGUGGCUGUGAAAUAGGAGGAAAAUAAAAAAGUCGUUUUUUUUUCUCUCGUAACGCUCCCGUUAUUAACCAGGACGAGGACUUGCUGAGGGAAGGGGGGGCUGAACGUGUCGCUUCCUGGGAACUUUUAAUUGCACGUUACUGCCUUGUGUCCAUAAAUGAGUGCCAGGACAACGCUGCGGUUAUCUGAGAAUCUCCCUCUCGGCGGUGUCUCCACCGUCUCCUUCGAGACAGCAGCCUGCACGGGAGGCUGCGGGCCCGCACCUCUUCCAUGACACACAGAAACGGAGCCUCCCAGCCUCCUGCCUGCAGCCUGCCCCGCGGCCCCCCGACUGCGGCCCCUGUGCCCCCCUCCCAUGCCCUGCAGCUUAUAUCCCUUUUACACAGGCGUAAACGCCUCCGGCUGUGCCUGGGGGGCACCGGGGGAAGCAGGAGGCAGAGCGGUGGCUGUGGCGAUGGCAAGCCCCCACGACACGCAGGACACUCACGAUCCUGCCGUCGGCCUCAGCUCCCUGCGUGGGGACGGAGGGAGGGAGACGGAGGGUGUCGGUGGGACGCUUUUCUCGGCCCUGGUAGCAAGCAAAUGGCCAACCCGGCAAUCCUCAUGUCUUGCCCACAUGUGCCCACUACCGUGGCAGGGGCUGUAGGGAGAGCAAGCGACAAACAACUCCAAGUUUUCGUUUAUUUCAUUUUUUUUUUCUUUUUUCUUUUUGGGGUGGGGGUGGGGGUAGAAGGCGAACACAGUAUGCCUGCCCUUUAAAACCAGACGACUGACGUGGACGAAACCCUCCAGCAGUUAACCUGCUCUUCCUGUUAUCUUUUUUAUAAAUCGUAAAGACCCUUGCCAGGAUCCCAGGCCUGCGUGUCCUGUCCGUUCCCCAUCCUCUUUCGUGCCCCCCUUCCCGGGAACCCCAUCGCACACGUUUCGGGCCCCACGGCGGCAGUUUGCAGCCCCCCUCCCCACCCCUGUGCGCUUUAUUCCCGCGUGUAUUGAUUUCUGCGUUUUGUUUCAAAACAAAACGGGCUCUAGCCCAUCGCAGAUGGCACGUAGAGAGCCCGAGAUCCUGCCCCGACCGAAAAUGAAAACAUGACCGGGAUCACCGCGAAUAACGAAAUUAAGACAAACAACAAUAGCUUGUUGUUCCGUGAUUUGGGGCGAGAGGAAGAACUGGAAGCUUUUUGCAGCGAGCUGCGCGCUGUUCCUCGGGGGGAGCCGCCGAGGAUGCCAGCUAUGUAGCGGGUAACUCGAUUAUGCUAAGAGAGGGGCCGGGCGGGGCGGGGGCGCCGGGGUGCCCGGGCAGGGGGCCCCGAGCAGCGGCUGCGCAUUUUUCAGGAAGAUGGACGGCUUCGGAGGGCUGUCCGAGGGGGUCUCGAGGGAUCUUGAGGCUCCGUGCCCCUCUCUCAAGGCUCUGCAGCCUUCCGUGCUCCCCACAAACCCUACAGCCGCCCCCCCGCCGCCCCACUACCUUCUCAUGGCCCAUUCUCGAUCUCGGGAUCGGGGUUCAGGGUUUUCGCUUCCUUCACCCUCACCCCCAGCACCAACAUUGAUUUGGGGUUCUCCCCCCGUCCCACAGCCAGGCUCCUGUCCCGCGGCAGUGGGACACCCGUCGGGGGGCUGCCGGAGCCCAGCCAGCCCCCGCCCCGGUGUCGGCUGCGGGCUGCACCUCGGAUGCUCCGCGGCACGGGAGGACUGAGCGGAGAGCUUUACAGACAAGACAACAACAACAACAAAAGGCACAUAUGGUUAAAAUAAGGAGAGGGAGCUUUCCGCCUUAGGGGAUUGGCAAUAACUAGCCAGAAAUGCAGGGCACUGCGUCCAAAGUUCUGGUGGGCUUCUGCAGGAUUGACAACUUAAAUCACACUACAAGCAUCAAUUUGACAAUAUUUGUAAACUUCUUGUUUCCAGGGAUCUUCUUGAUCAGAGAUAGACCAGUGGAAGGUUGGCAGCAGCAUUUGGCAUGCAUGGAAGAAGUCUGGGAUCUGGGCCUUAUAGUCAUCGUAAAGAAGUGAGCUUCAGCUUCCAAGAGAAGAAAGUAAAGAGGUAUAAUUGGCUGAAUAAGAAACUGCACAUCUCUAUUGGAUCACUAAUCCAUGGCCAACUCCAAGACAGAAGUGUGCAAUGUAAAUGUAAAACACUAUAAUUAUUUUCAUGUAAUUAGAGAGCUUGUACUUUGCUUCACAUUCUCGAGAAAUUUGUCUAGGUGUUUCAAACUCAACUGACCAAAGCCUUUAUUUUUAUUCAGUAAUCUACCUGUCAGAGAAAUCUGAGACCAUGGAUGGACCCCAUUUCCAUCCUGUUAAAGAUGCUUUGUAUUUGUCAUCAUUAUCUGUGCAAUUUGUAUUUACGUAAAAAGUAAUAGGGGAAAUAUCCCAGGUGUACAAAAGUUAAUGGAAGGCACCCCAGCAGUGGUGAGCUCUGGACUGGGAUUCCGAAGAACUGGAAAGAGUAGGGGGAAAAAGGGGUUUUGGCAUGAAAGAACUAGUAGAAGGGGGCUUACAAGAGAAAAAGUUUGAAAUCUUCCAGUGAUGUUGAAGAACUUCCCUUGGGCAUCUCCCAGUUAGGCACCUGGCACACUGACUGACCAUUUAGGAUUAGCACAAAUCUUGACAAUAUUGCAAGAGUAAUAUUUUCAUGAGGAGGAACUGUUACAGAACUAUGCAAAGUCACUUUGGUCUUCAAUGUCAGGCAGGCAUCUUAGGAAGAUGAGUCACUUAAUUAUUAAUUACGACUCUUAAAAAAUGUUUCUAUUCCUUGGGGACGAGAUGAUGAACGUUUAUCUCUCUGACUAUGUCUCUUAGAGUAAUCUGAAAGCAUCAAAGAAAUGCAAGAUCUUGUUCCUGGUGUGUAUUUGCUUUGGGCUAGUCUUCCAGGACGCCAAAAGGUGUUGAGAUAUGGUUGAUAUUAUGCAACCUUCAACAGUAAAGCAGAUGUACACCGUUCUUCUUUCAAGAAGACUUAUUUUGAUCUCUGGAGACCCAUAAUGUGAUCCUCACUCAAUCAUUUUGAGCAGAAAGGGAACUUUUCCAAGGCACUGUAGAAGCAGCAAUGUUUAGAUGAUCAUUAUAUGUAGAGUUUGAUGAAGCAGGCACUUUUCCUGCCAUAUGUUAAAUAAACAACUUGUUACUGUGUACUGUGUGGUGAUGCAGGUUGAUACUCUGCUGCUGAAUAAUAUGAUGUCAUGUUAAGACUUCAACUAUUUCCUUAUAUAGUCCUCAAGAAAUAGGAUUUUUUUGCCUACAUCUGAAAAUUCACAGGCAAAUAUGCAACUGAUCAAAUCUUGCACAGAUGCUAACACCCAGAUGCGUGUGUUUCUGUGUGGAAGUAAUCUACAGCUAGCAGAACUCUUGGAUAGAGAAAUCCAGUAAAAAUACAGAUUAGGCACACAUAAGUUAGAUAUGCCUAACUAGUGUGCCAAGAAUUUAUAGUUUUAUGAAAUCUGUAUUAUGUACAGAUCUCUCAAUAUUUUCUUCUAAAAAGUUUUCAUUAGUGUACAAAAGGGAGGAUAUGGAUUUCUGUAAUAAUCAGAAGAACCAUCUUAUUUCAUGUACAGCAAACCAAAAUAACCGCAUGACCUUGGUUCCUUGGCCUCCCUGUCUGUCCAAACUUCUAUUAGAAGUUAGCACUUGAGUAAUCCUAUCUUUUAAUAACAAUCUAUACAAUAAAACCACGCAAUUUAAAAAUAAUAAUGAAUAGUAAGUUGCAUGCUGGGUGAAACUUUUUGAGUGAGACUGUCCAAUAUUUCCUGUGCUCAAAUGCUUAGAUUCAUAACAGAUACAGGAAGAAAAUGCAAAUACAGAUAUGUGUUUUCUUUUUUAAGUGAGAAAAUACAUACAUGUGAGUAGACUCUUGUCUUGUUCAGCUUGAUACACCUAAUAUCCUCAGUAAAUUAAGAGGAACAUGAACAUUAAAAUGAGGGAACAACAGAAGAUAUCAGAGCAAAUUCAGAGCUGAAACUCAGGGUUAAUACUUGCAGGAAUUCAAGCCAUCAUUCCUUACAAAACUUCCAUUUAACUUAUCAGCCAGGGGAAAGAAAAGGAAGAAUUUCUUAGUGUAUGCCUAUGGAUGUUGUAUGCAUAUAUACAUUAAAUAUACAUAUGCACAAACACAUACAUAUGGACUUUACUCAAACUUUUUAUAAAUAAGGCCUAGUCUUUGCAUCUUCUCAUUACAUUAAUGGGAUUUUUGCUAAGUAAGGGUUAUGAAUAUGGUUGUAUCAGAUAUAUUUCUUUGACAAACAAUGAAACAUGCAGUAGAGUUUACAAAACACAUUCUUUUGUUGUGGAGCCAGCAAACAGGUACUGGAGGAAGGUGUCUGUUAAUACAUAACUUGUUCUUUAUCUUUGUGUAAAGUAUAUAUAUAUAUAUAAAUUGUCAACUGGUUUAUUGAAUGGUUUGGUAGAAAGGUAUGUAAAUGCAGAUUGGAUUUUCUACAAUACCUUCACUGAGGGCUCAGAUGAGUUUGGGUGAUAGACCAAAGCAAUAUGAUCACCUGAACUGAUUUCUUGUUAGAGAAAGGCAACCUUGCUCAUGAAAUCCCCCUUUGCUUGCUUUACUCCAACACUGUGUAUUUUUCAUGCACAGAUGUAUCUUCUGACUGCGGUUCAACCUCAGAAACAAAAAGGAGCAAAGGAAAGCUGACAAGUCCAUUUGCUUUAUGUGACUUCCCAUUUCAGUCACACAAGAAAAGGCCUUGCCUUUUUAACCUGGGCAGCUGAUGCCUGGAUUUUCUCUUCAUAUGUAUUCUCUAAAACUAAACUGUGGACUCGAGAGGAAACAAGCUUAAUAUACCAUGUGCUUCCUAUUUGUUGAAGGUAUCAGUGCUAGAGCUCCCUUGGCAUGCUAAAAUGUGAACAUUUUUACAGUGUAACAGAUUAUGGAAGCUGCUCUUGAUAAAUUCCAGUAACAGCAUUUUACACUCCACGUGCUCCUUUCUGUGAAUGACAGAUUGCCAUAUUAGGUCUCUAAAGAAGUUCCUGACAAGGGUGAUUCAGCACAUGAAGAAAGUCGACCAUGUGUCUAGCUCAGAGUCUCUAUAAUCCUUAAUAUAUUUACUCGGGACUGCAAUGUUGUUCUCUCCAGUGUACCAGAGCGAAGAGAAAACUGUUCAGCAUGAGACACUCCUUCACACCACUAGGUCCUCCGCUGAAAUAAAUCUAAAAACAAGCAUAUGAAUGUAUUAUCUCUCCUCUGCCCCUGAUUGGUCCUAAAACUCUAUGAAAAAGAUAAAGUUCACUGCAUUUUUUACUUUUGGCUGGGCAGUAGGGACCAUGGGAGAUAGGCUUGGGUAGAUGAUGUGCUUGGUGGGAAGAAGGUUCUAGAGAUUAAGCAACCUGCCUAGUAACUACUGGAAACCUUUAAGUUGUAAAUAGAACAAGCAGGGCAAUGUAUCAACUGAUGCUGUAUUCUGAAGGUGGUUUUAGUAAAAGUCAGUUCAAAACCUUGUCCAGUAGGAUUCUGCCAGGCAUGGAAGUCACUGCUGGUUUUCAGUGGAUAUUCAGUUUAUUUUUCAAUGGAUAUUCAGUGGAACUGAUAGGAACAAAGUUUGAAGACAUAAAUAUAUAAUUGUUUGUGAUUGACUAAAUAGUGAAAACGUGUAUCAUUAGCUGUUAAGUGCUCUCUAAAUACAGCACAUAGAUUUAGUUGUAAAUACUGGAAACAUUGUGCCUGAUUUAGAAACAUUAAGAAUAACCCAAGCAUUUCUCAAAUGCCCAUUUAUAACUUUGCUCACAUCUCUGUUUUGUGGUUUAUUUUUCAUCAUUCAAGGUGAACGCAUGAGAUUCCAUUUCAAGUUUUAACUUAAUAGCUUCACUUAAGAAAAAGGAGAAAAAGAAUGUUAUAUGAAUUAAAUGUCACAUAUGAUUUGGCAAAUCACUUUCAGGAAUUCCAUAAGGAAGAGCAGGAAAAAAAAAAACACAGUUGCAAAGUUAGAAGCAACAAUGAAUAGUGCCGUUACCAUCUAAAAGCACACACUUUUCAGUCAGACUUGGCUGGUGAAAUGUAGAAGCUUAAUGUGGAUUACACUUUUUAAAUCUUUCAACAUCAAAAAAUAGAAGAGAUGUAGUAUGUUUUUAUUUCAGAGUACUUUGCAUGCAAUCUCAAGAUAAAUGGUAGAGACUGAUUGUUUUUGUGCCCGUGCCAAACAUUGUCAUUAGGUAUUGCUGUUUUGUUUCAUCAGCCAGAUGAACUUACACAGGGACAUCGAUCAGGUACCUACAUUUAAAAGAACACACUGUCAAAUUAGUGGAUAGAAAGAGCACAUUAGGAGAGAGAAAUUAUCUGGUGAAAGAUUUAAAGACUGACUCACUUGUGUUUUGUUUCAUUAAAUGUGGGGUAGUCCCCUUUCAUUUUCCAUUUAGCACAAACAUUCGCAGACUCCAUUAAAAUAUCAGUUUUGUAACAAACUAGCUGGCUCAGGACACACAUAAGCCUCCUUGCAAAAAGCACAGUUCCCCUUCUUACAGAUUCUAGAUGACUUUAAAAUCUGGGGCCCCGAGCUGGACAACCCCACUGGCUGUCUUGGAGUUCACCUGUAUACUCCUGUAGUUCACAGUGCUGCAAAGCCACCCGAUGUGCUGCAGGGGGCUGAUGGCUGCUUCUCCAAAGGGUUGGUAUGAGGAGGGGGUGCACAGCCCUUGAAAGGACACAGAAUAUGUUCUAGGACAACACACAUGCAUGCACAAAAGUAGGAAAACUGUCUAGCUAUUGUUUUCCCUUCUUUCCUCUGAGAUGCUCUUGGAACAUAAUCUUGAUUCUCAUACUUAGGGUCAAGGGAGCAACUUGUGGUUAUAAUGGAGGGGUGAAUAGCAGGUUGGAGAGUAGGGGCACACAGGAGUUAGGGCAGAUCCAAAGUAGUAGAGGAAAGAAGAACAGGGAUUAAAAAAAAUCAGAACAUAUAACUGUCAGUAUUUAAUCUUUAUUUUGGUAACACUGGAUAAUGUUGAUAUUUGUGUUGGCUAAAAGCCCUUGUUCUUCAAAAGAGUUUUUCAAAGACAAACAAAAAAUCCCUAAGCUACUUGUAUUCUGUGUCUUUUAAGCCUUUGUCUUAGUGGCAAUUAGUGUCUUUUUAUCAAACACUUUUUUUUUUUUUUUUUUUUGUUAUAUACAGUUAUUUCUAGACAGAAAAUAAUUUCACUUUAUCUUUGAUAAUUUUAUGACUAUCUGUUUUUUUCUGCAUAUGCAUUUAUACAUAUGUCCAGAACCCAGUGGAUCCUGGAGCCCACCUCCAUCCUGCACACAAGACCAGGCCACUGCAGGCUCAGGCAAGAACUACACAACUCAGGCACCUCUGUGCAUUGUCAUCUUGGUGGCAAGUGCUGAAAGGCUCUUACUUGUUCUUGUGAGAAUCCCCCAAGGCACAGUGUGUUGGAAGAAGCAUUUAGCUGUAAAUAGGGUAUUUCCCCACAUGUGCAUGCCUGUUUGCUGCUGUCUGAGUAGCCAGACAUAAUUGCUUUGUUGCAAAGCCAUAGUCAAGGAGCACAACAAAUCAUUAAGUGCUUCUGUUGCACCCCAAAGCUUGGUAGUACCCAGACAGUUGCCUCCCCAAAGCCAGACUUUAUGGCUCAAACACACACGUUGUACAGAAAGUGCUCUGUAUAAACUGUCAGCUUUGAAACCAAACACUUCCACACCUAGCCUACACUGUAAAUCAACCUUUGGUGCUACUUUCCAGUCAGCUCCAUUACACAAGUAGUUUGAUUUAAUUCAAAUGUUUUAUGGCAGUGAUGUAUUUUAGCUAAAAUGGUAUAUUUGCAUGGAGUGAGGGAUAAAACAGGACAUUUUUAUUCAUGAAGUGAAAGGCUACAAGAUGGUAAGAGACAGGUAUAGGAGUGCAGGUGCAGUACCAAAUCCCUACCUGGCUGUCUCAGUACGUGCGCUUGGUGUCUCGAUUCCCUCAUGUUCAGCUCUGCAGCAGCCCCACAAUGUAUCAGAACUUCCUUUGAAGGCUUUAACUUUUCAUAUAUAUAAAAAAAACACAUUUCCAUUAAUGUAUGCAAAAUUUUGUGCUAGGUCUUCUGAGAGUGAAAAGAGCCAGCACCCAAGCCUACUGUACCAUCCUUGUUUCCCAGAAAUAAUAAUUCACCAUUAAAAUUAUUAAAGAGUAAAUGGCUAAGAUGCAUAAGUUCAAAAUUGAAGUAUUUCCUUUGAUUGUUUAAAAAUCUUUGCUUUAAUUGGAGUCACAUAUAUUUUUUUCCUUUUACAAUUUUGAAUGCUGCAUCUUACCAUAUGUGAAAUGUUUCUUAAAGGUGUCAAAGUGACUUGUCAUGGGUUUGGAAUGAGAACUAAAUUAAAUGUCCAUACUGCAGCAUACUUAUAUAAAUAAUGAGAUAUUCCAGUAUAAACCAUUCAUUUGGCAGUCAUUUCUACAUCAGCAACUACUAAGUGCUAUAGAAUUCCUGCCUAACUGACACAUGCAAAGAAAAUCAGGAAGGAAAAUGUGUGUGUAUGUGUGUAUUUUAUAGAAAAAGACAGCCUCUUGUAUUCCAUUGCCAUGAAAGUAUUUCUAACGUUUUUGGAAAUAGUGCAAGAGGUUUAAGAAAAAUCUCUGGAUUCACAGCAGAAUGCUGGAGCAUUCAACUGCCUCAAACCGCACUCCAAAAUUUGUUUCCAUAAUUUAGAAACAGAGAGGGUGGAAAUGGUUAACAAAGUCAUUAAUGAGUGCCUAGAGUGAUUUAUUAUGGGUGAUAUAGUUUCUUUGCUUUUAAGAAAAAUAUAUUAUAUAAAAAUUCUUCAUAAAAUAAGAAUUCUUUCCUAUUGAAUAUUGCACAGAAUUUGCUUUAUUAGUGUAUUAUAUCACCACAUUGCCAGGUCUGGUAUUUCUCAUACAAAUGAUGUUUCAAAGUGCUAGCAAAGCUUGUGAAGUGCAGUGCAAACCAUGUUAGGAAUAAAGCUCAUACAGAAAGACAACAGUAGCAAAGAUUCUUUUUGCUGGGGUUCUGGAGAUAGUUAACACUGUAGGACCCUUUUAUUUUUCACAAGCUGCACAAGCUCGUGUCACUCUAGACUAACAAUAACCAAAACUUGAUACUGGAUAUUUAGAACCAAUCUUUCUAACAGCCUGACUGCUUUAGGGCAGUUUUUAGGUUCCAAGUCUUUCUCAUGUGGAGAUACAUGCAAACAUAAUUUGAAAGAACUGGUGGUCAGUGAACCUGGUUGUGUCUCAAGAAGCACCAGGUAUCUGCUAAAAUAGCAUCCAGAUUUGUUGGCAGCAGGUCUAGGGACUGAUUCUGUACCUAUUGAAGGGAGUGUUCCAGGUUCCCAGUCUGCCGGAGGCGUACAGUCUGGCCCAAAGUGACCAUGGACCUUUCUUAGUAGCGGGGUUUGAUGGGUUUAAGUCUGUAACAUGAUGGUUGGGAUGUGACAGGGAACUUUUGCUGGCACCAGACAUGGAGUAGCUGUCUAUCUGUCCUUAUAUUUGCACAUGAUUCAUCUUCAAAAACUUCCAUCAAUGCUUUGAAUGAUCCCUGAAAUCUCUCAGGAUUAAGAAAUUAAAAAACCCAAACUAUUCCAAUAUUUGUAUAUGCUGUGGUGACUUAAAAGAUUAAUAUCAUUUGGCAAAUGAUGGUGUCAAAGUUCAUAAAUGUAGCUAAUGGGUAUUCAGCAUGUAGCUUUUCAAAGGCUGCUCCAUGUUAAUACAGAAGUGUUUCUAAGUAAUUUAUGGGCACAAUACUGUUAACUUCAAAACUAUAGUCAGUUAUGUGAAAUCACAAACUUUCAACAAAUAACUUGAUCUAGCGUCAAUCUUCAUUUAAUCAUGCAAAAUAAGACUGUUUUACAUUUUUGUUGCAACCAAUUGCUGAAGCUUACAGGCAGAAAGCAAAAUUGUGCUACACCCUUUACAACCCCAUUCUCAGUCUGUCAUGAAGAUAAAAAGUCUGUCUUUCUGUGGUGGAGUAUGAGGAACAGCAGAGCCCCAGCAAGGGUAAUGGUGUGCCUCCUCCACCCACCCAUGAUCUGGGUUACACCUAUAGCGUACAGAAGUACAUGAUGGCAAUGAACUUCCUUAGCAAAAUAUAUGUCUGUCCUGUAAUACAAUAUUUUUAAAGGUGUUUAGGCACCUUAUUCUGUGUAACGGUAUACAGGAAAUUUAGGCUUCCCAAGAUGAGUCUAAAACAUUAGUUACUGUUUCUUGCAGCCACGUUGUUAGCCAGGCACCCCAGACUAUUUGAGAGACUAAGAACAUGGAAUUUGACUAGUUGUUAAUCUGUACUCUAGAGGUAUAUUGGAAAAGCAAAUAUUCACUUCUUACAUGCUCUUCAACACCCUUCCAAUAACAGCAGGACUUUUUUCCUUCCAUCUGCUGGGGAUAAUUUACUGACAGCUUAUUGCUCACUUGGCCAUGGGUUGUGUAGAUUUCAUUAAUUAAACAUCUAUGUCUGUAAAGAUUUUAAACUUGUAUGAAGCAACAAAAUUGCUCUGAGCUUUUUGCUUAAAAUCCUCUCUGACAAGCAGUCUCACUAAGUAUUUCCUGAGCUAAACUCUGCUCUUCUGGCUUAAGAAUAUGUAUCAAUAACUCAGGGGUACAAACGUGCCAAGGGGUUGCAAUUAUCCUCAAAACAAACACUGAAAAAAAAAAAA